AUGGUGACGGCGUCGAUGGAGCCUGCCUGCGGCGGCCGGCAGGGUGAGGCGGGCGCGAAGGCGCUGCCCACCGCCUGCGGGGGCCUCCCGGACGUGCCCUCGCCGCCGGCGGAGGCGGGGCCCCCGCCGCGGAGGGUGCGGCGGGAGCUGGAGGUGGUCGUGCCCGAGAACGCCACGCCGGGGGAGACGAAGCUCUCCGUCUCCCUGGAGUCCCAGAGGCUGCGCGUGACCGUGCCGCCGGAGGCCGUGCCCGGAGACAGGCUCGCGCUGACGGAGCAGGAGGGGGACGCGUGGUCCUGCGCCGUGGUCGGCGGGGCGCGGCCGCGGCCGCCGCCGGCCGCGGGCGACGGCCUCGUCAAGUUUCUCGUCCCGCCGAAGGUGACGCCCGGUGUGACGAAGAUGGCGGUCAACGCGGGGCCCAACGAGACCGUGCUCGUGACGGUGCCCCCCGGCUCGACCCCGGGCGACAAGGUGGUGCUCUCGAGGGACCCUGGGGCCGACGGCGAGCCGGGCCCGUGGAAGUGCAGCUUCGUGCGGGAGCACGUGAAGGCGGCCGCAGAGGGAGAGGCCGCCCAGCUGGACCGCUGGCGGCUGCCACCGCUGCGGGCGCCGGCCCCGGAGGCGGGCGAGGCGUGCGCGCGGCUCUUCGCGGCGGCGCGGGCCGCCGGGUGCCACGUGAGCCCCAAGCUGGUCAGAGGGUGCGCGCCGCCCCUGGACAUCCCCGGCCUGCUGGCCGCGGAGGCCAUCGACGAGGGCGAGGAGCUGCUGAGGGUCCCCGCGAGGUUCCACAUCACGCCGAGGAGGGUGCGGGAGCAGGACCCCGACCUGUGGCGGGCGGUCGCCGAGCUGCCGGAUGACCUGCCGCGCGGGCGCCGCAGCGAGGCGUGCCAGACCUUGUUCGUGGCACGGCUGCUGAGCGAGGCGGAGGGCAGGGCCGCCGCGGCGACCAGCGGCGAGUUCGGUAGCGGAGCCCACGAGGGGCUCGGCGGAGCGGAUGCCGAUGUGUCGAGAGUCUGGCGGUGCUUCGCCGACAGCCUCCUCGGCGAGCACUUCGACGCGCACCCAUACCGCCUCGCGGCCGCAGACCCCGCCGGCACGCGGGCCACUUUCGAGCCCUCGUUGGAGGCAGAGCACUUCGUGGAGAUGGCGCGCGACCUCGCGAACGUGCACCACAUCAUUCAGGCCGCCUGGUCCGAGGGUACGGGGGCUGGACGCUGCCCGGACUUCGGCAUGUACGCGAGGGCGCGCUUCAGCCUCCUCACGAGGGUCUUCCAGACCUGCGACAGCUCGACCAUGGUGCCCGUGGUCGACCUCCUCAACCACCACUCCACGUCUCCCGGAGUAUCGUGGAGGUGGGACCCCGAGGGGCAGGCUAUGGUGGUCACCGCGGACCGCGCGCACCAGCCGGGCGAGGAACUCCGCUGCUCGUACGGCCCGAGAUCCAACGUGCUGCUGUAUCGCACCUACGGCUUCACCCACCCGCCGGACAUGGAACCCGCUUGGUCGUUCGUCGUGCGGCAGGAGGCGGUGCGGCCGGUUUGCGAGGUCUUCCUUCCCGGCGGCUUGCUGGAGCCGAUCGUGCUCGACACCGCCCACCUGGAGGACGGCCUGUGCAAGGCCCUCAACUCCGCCGCCUCCCACGGCCGGGACGCCGUCGAGUUCCUGCGGCUUGUGAGUGCCCGCUGUCGCUGGCCCUACGAGCAGAGCGAGCGGCUGCGGCCCUGCCUGCGGGCGCUCGCGCGCGCGAGGGCGCGCGACGCGGCCAGCGGCGCGUGGUGGGCCGAGCUGUCGGACCCGGAGCGCGAGCUCGCGGGCCAGGAGUGGGCCCGGCUGGCGAUGUGCGAGUACCUCUGCCUCGUGGCCCACGAGGAGGCCAUCGAGUGUGCCGACGGCAAGCUGGAGGAGGCCAAGUGCCUGGCGGGCGCCGUGAAUCUGCGGCGCCUCCUGGGGCAGGCGAUCGGGAUGCUGCGGGCCGGCAAGCGCUUCGAACUGAAGCGCGUGCGCGCCGACGGCGAGGAGGCGGGCGAGGGGGACGAGGUCGCGACGUAG